AUAAUUAUGACCAAUCAUAAAUUACUUUAGCUUCCUUCUAAAUAUGUGACUCAAUGUCUUUUUGUGCUGCAGUGCUCAAGCACCUACAAAACAAACGUGUCAGGCUAAAUAAACAGCAUACAACAUACUAAUAUCUUAAUGCAUUCAAUAUUGCCUACACUAACUGAAAAGCUGCUCUUCUGGGUCCUAAAACAGCCAGUUUCUGCAGAAUAUGGCAUAUUCUUUAUGGGUGAUGAAAAACAUCCAAUUUCUUUGACUUGAGAAACGUUUGAGUCAGGUUUAAGAACCAACACUACUUGAAUUCAGGAAAACAUGGUUUCAGCUGUCCCUUCAUUUUAAUGUGACCCAAAAUGUUUGAGCUACACAGACAUAAACAUGGACCAUAGUUAUCAAAACCACCUUUGAGGUAAAUGUCUCCACCAAUAAACACACACUCAAAAGAACAGUAAUACCAGCCUUGGUGUCACUGCUGGUCAGUCCACCAACAUAUGCUUUAAACACUAUGAAGCAGUCUGACAGCAGCCUGUUCAGGAGCUGAAGCUAUGUAUGGUCACGUGACUGUGUCAAACACAUCAUGUUGUAUUCCUGCAGGAAGGCAAAACACUAGAAACAACUGAAAACCUAUUUCACAUGAUCACAUUUGGUAACUUCACAGCAGAAAUUCCUGUUUUCCUGCUCAGCGAAAAGUGGGUGAUUUUAGCUUUCAGUGUUUCAAGCAGAAUGUUCUAACACUGUGAGGGAAUCCACUCCGCCUCCAUUGUUGCUUCGUUGGAUUUUUCCAUUGAAGUGAAUGUCAGUGUAGCACUCUGUAGAUCUGGUUACCACAGAUCGAUACAUCUGUAUAUAUGUAGUACAUCUGUGUAUUUGUUCAUACUACAUCUGUAAAUCUGCCCGUCUGUAUAGCAAUAUAAACAUCUGUAUACUUAACUUAUUUGUGCAUAAUCUGUUCAUAACUAUUCCCACCUUUUAUACUACCCUUAUUGGUAUAUAAUCUGCUCCUAUUGCUCUUACGGCUCUUGCACGUGUGAUUAGAUUCAAACUGUAAUGACAAUAAAGUUGAAUCCGAAUCAAAAAUCAAACCUGACUGGAGAUUUCACGCGGGCAGCUGUAGUCAUGUAGCCCGUGAGCUGACGGCGCUGCUCCAGACAGACUGGUGCUGAUUGGUCAGCGCACAGGCCUGCUGUGUAGCAGCUGCCGUCAUCCCCUCAGACGUGCUGGGGAUGCUGACUGUGGCGCUGAUACCCCUGCGCUGUGCUCUGGCUGGUGGGCUGCGGUCUGCGUGGGCUCUGUGGACACAUCAGACAGACGGAUCCGUGGCUGGGAGCUGAGAUGAGAUAAGCGUCUUUUUCUCUCCGCCGAGGUGCUGCAGCGCCGCGCACGCAGGACGGACGUGGGCACUUUAUCACCGAAAACCUCCGCGUCCGGGGAUUAAACGUAUUUGUCUGCAGACUGUGCCGCCGGAAAGGUUCGCCUUCCGUUUGUACAUAAAGGUCACCCGGAGGAUGGUCCCGACGCUGCUCUCCAGAGGUGAUGUGAGUUGAAGCGGUGGGGAAGCCGCAGAGGAGCUGUCCGUCUGUCGAGGUGCUGAUGCGGCUGUGACAGAACCGAGCAUGGCUGCGGGGAAGUUACUGCUCUACGCCGGCCUCUCUCUUUCUCUUUGCGCCCUGGGCAUGCUGGCCGUGGCGAUGUGCUCCGACCACUGGUACGAGACAGACGCCAGACGGUACAGGGAGCGGUGCCGAAGCUUUUCCAGCCGCCGCAAGGACCCGGGAUUCAUCUACAUCCCCAACAACAGCCUACCGCUGCGGGCCAGCCGGAGCAGCGUGUCCCGCUGGCAAGAGAAGCUGCUUUUGGCCCGGAGCAGACGGCAGCUGUUCGCCAUGAGCGCCGCAGAUGAAUGUAGUAGGCAGUAUAACUCCACCAACAUGGGGCUGUGGAGGAAAUGCCAUCGGCUGGCCUUCGACCACGAAAUCGAAGAGAGCAUCCGGAAAGGUUCCAUUACUCGGUGCUCCUACAUCAAGUAUCACUAUUCCUCAGCUACGAUACCCAAAAACCUCUCCUACAACAUCACCAAGACAAUAAGGCAGGACGAAUGGCACGCCCUCCACUUGCGGCGAAUGACAGCUGGUUUCAUGGGCAUGGCUGUGGCCAUCAUCCUGUUCGGCUGGGUCAUUGGUUUGCUUGGCUGCUGCUGGGACCGAGGCCUCAUGCAAUAUGUGGCUGGCCUCCUCUUCCUAAUGGGAGGAACCUUCUGUAUCAUCUCCCUCUGUACCUGCGUCGCCGGCAUCAACUUUGAGCUUUCCCGUUACCCUCGGUACCUGUACAGCUUGCCCGAUGAUAUCGGCCACGGCUACGGCUGGUCCAUGUUCUGCGCCUGGGGAGGCCUCGGCCUCACACUUAUCUCUGGCUUCUUCUGCACUCUCGCGCCCUCUGUUCAACCAAUACCGAGGUCUACCUGUCCCAAAUCUCGACAGGAGAACGGCACCGUGUGCUAAAGCUGGCUGUGCAGGCCAGCUGAACCCACAGACAGACAGACAGACAAAAAAACAAGCUAUUCCAUGUUUUCAUGUGUCAGCUCAUAUCCACUCUAUCCUGGUUACAGAUUUUGUGUGUGUGUGUGUUUAAAAUGGGUGUCUUGAUGAUAUCUUGAAAAUACAAGAAAAAAACCUGAAGAACUGAAGAAAUAUCAAAAAUUAAAAGUUGUGUUUAUUUUUAUUUUGUGGAGUAGAUGCAGAAAUGGAUCGUGACCAGGAAAGACGUGAACGAAAUGAUACGGAGACCACGAAAGACUAAAUUGUAACGAGUGAGUGCUUGUGGAAAAAUAGUGACUCCCAGAACAAGAAGGUCCAGCCUGAGGACUGUUUCUGUUUACUGGUCUACUGUGAUUGUGGAGACGCUAAUGGAUUAACAGAUUGUUCAGAAGAUCAAGUAAAGAUCUGGUGGAACCUUCUUAUGAUCUUUUUAAGCUUUUUGUGGAAUAUUUCACAAACCCGUGGCUCAAACAUGAAACCAUGUGACUAGCGGGAGUGGGAUCACAUGAAUUCUCCAACUUCUGGGGUCCUUCCAGUUACUAGUAUCAGGCAAGUCCAGAAGAGAAGAUCCAGGACUUCCACUGAUGUACAUUAUUGUACAGAAUAUUCAAGAGAAAUGACAACCAGGCCUUGUCAUGUUGGACCAUUUUCAUCUUUGUGUAGGUGCAGUACAUUCCAGCUAAUGAUCCUAAUGCCAUUUAACGUUUCAUACAUGCAUUCCUCUUUUACUGAAACUGUUUUGCUUUUUACUGAACCUUCAUGUUGUGAAUGAACUGUUGACUCGCUCAGUGCAAAUGUGUUUAAUUUUUUCAUUCUAGUUAUAAGGCUAAAUGUGUGUGUGUGUGUGUGUGUGUGUGUGUGUGUGUGUGUGUGUGUGUGUGUGUGUGUGUGUGUGUGUGUGUGUUUACGUGCAGACGAGUUAUUUUCAAGUCUUUACAAAACAGUGAUCAAUUUGACAAAGCAGCGCCUCAGCCUGAGUAUGUAGGAAACAGAAGCUUUGAUCAGCAGUGAGAUGAAACGGGGAGCCGCAGUAUCCGUUUAACCAAACUGACAUCUGCCUCGUCUUCUCUGGAGAGCCCCAGUUGACCCGGCAGAUAAAGAAGUCGCUUUAAAAGGGGACAGCACGUUUAGCUCUGCUGAACAUCUAGGGAACGUUUAAGUAAUUACAUCUAAUGAGAACACUUUUUGUCCCUGGGGAUCAGCAGAGCCAGCAGGUUAUCUGCAGGGCCUUCUUGAAACAGUAUCUAGGCAUAAGGUUUGAAAGGUCUCAUCUUAGAAGAAGGAAGAAAGAUCUCAGCCACGAACCAUGAAUCACAAAUACAUGGGCUUGAAUUUACUCACAUCAUUAAAGACAAUUCACCAAGACUGAAUCCAGCAGGCAGUUGUUGACAACAUCCAGUUUGUGAAAGCGGAGACUUUAAAUACCACAGUACCGUACCAGGGACAGACAAUUCAAUUCAAUAUAGUUCAUACAGCACCAAAUCACAACAGUCACGUCAAAGUGCAUUAUAUUAUAAGGUAGACCCUACAAUAAUACAUACAGAGAAAAACCCAACAAUCAUAUGACCCCCUAUGAGCAAGCACUUUGGCGACAGUGGGAAGGAAAAACUCCCUUUUAACAGGAAGAAACCUCCAGCAGAACCAGGCUCAGGGAGGGGCGGGGCCAUCUGCUGCAACUGGUUAGUUAAGGGAGGAUUCAGUUGAUCCAGCCCUCACUGUAAGUCUAAAGUAGAGCGGGUGUGUUAUAUUGGGGUGAUGCAGAACUACGACGUCUUGAAGAUAAGACGGGACCACUGAGAGGCAGUCGACGACAUUCAUUUCAUUUCCCACUGGAUCUGUCUACUGAAAUGUUACAAUGUAUCCAGCCAAAACUUAAAGCAAACACUGUACUGGGAUCUGUUCAGAAUAAUUUAGGUUAAUUACAACUUGGAUCAUGUUUUUCUAGCUUUGGACAUCAAUUGGCCAUUACUGAUACUCAUCUUUUGAUUGUGUUGUUUUUGUUCUUGUUCAUAGUUUUGUCUAUGUGUUGCUUAAGAAACAUGAUGGAGUACUCUGACACCAGGUUACUGUGACACGUGGAUGCGGAUUAGCAGCUACUGUCAGAAACUGCUUAGUUUGAAUUAACAUCAUUAUCGAACUGCCUUUUUCUUUCAGCACUGAUGGUCAGCUAGUCAAACAAUCUUCGUACUAUGUCUUAUAACACUUAUACUCACAUACAAGUAAACUGACAUUUCCAAAGAAACAUCUUUUUAUCUCAAGACAAAAUGCUCUUUAUGAGAAAAAAUGAAAAAUGUGAGAAAAUAUGAAAUACAUUAUUUUAUGGACAAAUACUGGGGCACACUUCUUAACGCGUUACUGUAAUCCGAUUACUUUUUUCAACUAACGAGUAAUGUAAGGGAUUACCAUUGCAAAAACGGUAAUUAGAUUACCGUUACUUUCCCGUAGGAACGCUGCGUUACUGCGUUACUAAAACCGUGAGUUUUUUGCAAGAAUGUCUCAUGACAAUGACGUAAGCGAGCGCGACGUUCGUGACAACAGCUGUGUGCAGAUCAACAAUGGAUAAUAUAUCGAGUGCGGGAGAGAGUAUGAGCAUGCAGCGUUUAAAGCGUGGAAGUACUGACCUUAUUUUGAGUUUGAGUCCAUAAAAAGUGACAAAAACAUUAGUGUCCGUUGUGCGUGGGAAGAAAACUUCUUUUUACAGCGAAAAACCCUAAACUUCCAAGCAAGCAGCGAGUGCGCUACCACGUAAUGGGAAAUUCACAGAGAAACUCGCGGAUUCUUCCACUGACCGCUGCGGCACACCUGCACCAGGGCAAACCUCCGCCUAUCCCAGUCCUGCUUUACAGGUGAAAAUAGAGCAACUAGUCUUUGACUUUAUAUAUUUUCUGCUGUGUUUUACUUGCAUCUAUUUGAAAGAGUGAGUGUAAACACAAAAAAAUAUUUUAUUUUAUGUGCAGGAAUGUGCAGAAAAUAGGUUUAAAUGUUAAACAAAUUUCUUCCAGUCAGAGAAUGUUGCAGAUAAUUUAAUUUUUGCUUGAUGCAUAAAGUUAAAAGAUUAAAACUAAUAAAACAAGUUUUAAGGAGAGACUUUUCCAUUUGAUUACGUUUUAUAUGAUGGAUUAUGCAGAAAAAGUAGAAUUGGGCUGAAAGAUCUAUCGCUUUAUCACCUAUUCAGGUUGUAAAUUGUGUUUUUGAAAAGUAACUAAGUAACUAAGUAACUAAGUAACUGAUUACUUUUGAAAAUAAGUAAUCAGUAAAGUAACGGGAUUACUUUUUGGGGGAAGUAAUCAAUAAUUAGUAACUGAUUACUUUUUUUAAGUAACUUGACCAACACUGCUUCUUAAUCUUUGAAUUCAGAGAUUGCCACAAUCAUGAACUCAGAUCUAUGAACUCCAACACCUGUUCACCUGGUCUGUCGUCACAGACGUUUGUAAAAGAGUGGGUCAUCCUCAAGAUUUUGAGCACCAUGCUCACAGAAUUUGAGCAUGGUGCUUUAAUACUAAACCACCCUAAGUCAGUUUUUGUUUCUUCCAUCUUAGACAUUCGACAGUCAGCUAUAAGUGGUAUUAUUGCAAAGUGGAACCUCUUAGGAACUAAAGUGACUCAACCAUGAGAUAGCAGAUCAUAUAAAGUGGCAAAGCAGAGUAACUGAGUGCUGAUGCUCGUAGUUAAGUCACCACCAGUCUGCUGAUUUAACAACGUCCUGUGGAAUUAUCAGGACAAAAACUAUGCAUCAGAGCUUCAUGGUAUUCGUGGCCCAAUACUUUUGUCCACACAGUAUAUCUCAGAGUUUCAAAGAUCCACAUCGUAUGGGAGCCCAGAUGGCAAAGGCAAUCCAUUACAGUCAGUAGAGGAGCAAGAACAUAAACAGCAAAAAUAGAUGAGACUAUCUGUGACAAAAUCUAACAUGAAAAUAUUAGAAUUGAGAAUGUCGUUUACUUGUAUGGGAAUAUUUCUCUAGAAGGCAGGAGCUCUGUUAUUUAAAAUGUUCUUUGUCUAUUUUCAUAGCAGUGACAGCAGAUGUGUAUCAUCCUCAGAAAGAAGCUUGUUGUUUCUUUUUAGACUUUCUUUAUUAAUUUUAUUUUAUUAUUUAUUUUUUGUCCUGUAACAAAUGAAUUCAGCAUCAUGAAUGGUUUUCAGGAGUGUAAAUAAAACAUGGGGAUGUAGUGUCUGAUAUUCCCAAGUCCCAGUUUUAUAAGAUUAUCAUGUUUGGCACCCGUGUUGGCAGUGUUCCUUUAAUCCUGCUUAUGAGCUGGGACACAUUUUGAGUUCCAAAGUUACCUGAAAGACGUUCUUUUUUUAGUGUUUCCGGAAAUUUGGGACCUUUAUGAUAAAGUGACAACAAUUCCAACAAUAAGUACAAUCCCACAUAUGUCAUGUACAGUAAGUAAAUAUAUUACUUAAAAACAUACCCAGUAGAAAACAUGGGUGUAGCUUAUGUGUCAGGAAAAAUAGAGCUAAUGUGGAAGUUCAUGAAAACCUGCAUUCAAUCUGAAGGUCACCACAUGGCAACAGCUGUGGUUGCAAACAGACUUGCAGUCCUAUAGAAGUCUAUGGGAAAGUUGCUUUCUGACUGUAAAUACUUUCCCGGCUGAGUUUAUUGGCUCAGUCACUCAUUUUGGGUCAUAUUGACUAAAAAAGUCUCUUUUGUAAAUCUUGGUUAUACCAUGGUUCCAAAUGGAGGAUUAUCUGUGACAGGAACUCACACAUGUGGAGGGAUCUCACGACCAGAUUAUAGGUGGCAGACAGUUGGUGUCAUAAGCCACUCCCUCUUGUUCACAGUGGACAUAUAGAUGGCUUCUUUCACUCGUUGCUUUUCUUUCCCCCUCAGAUUACAACGACCUGGGUGUCCGAGAACCUUCACAGACACAAACAGAAUUAACCUUUAAUAGCAGAAAACCUUUGGUGUGCUUGUUGCUUUAUCAUAUCAAAGUGCUCUCGACGAGCUCCAGCUGCCUCACAUAAUAUACUUAUGAGGCAGAUUAUCAGUCUACAAAGGUGGGUCACACCUGAUUAGGCUAAAAGGGAAUCAUUUCAGACACAGCAUAACAGAUGAAACUGUGUGGCUGUAAAUUCAACAAUGUUCCAGAUAAAAAUAUUUUGUCUCCACAUUGAAUUCACACGUAAAGUGUCAGGGCCCGUCUGAGCUGUGCGUAUGAGAUGAACCUAGCCAUCAAGUUGGAUCAAUGAGGCCUUAAAGUGCAAUAUCACUGAAGGCUGCUAUAGGCAAUGACUCUCGAGUAUCUUUGGCUCCAAUGGACCAACGUUUUAACAAAUACAAAGGAAAGUAAACUUCUGUCAUGACAUGAAGUCGUUAUGAAUUAGGAUUACUCUGAACCCUAAUCCUAACUGUAUCUCUCAUCAUUGCUGGUUUAAAACAACCUUAUGUAACUCAGAUUUUAAACAUCAUAAACAAAUAUGUGUACAAAUAAGUUUCUGGCUCCAAUAAACUGAGAUGUUAAUGAUGAAGGUUCCAAACUCAAGCUUCUGACUGAUCAAAUCAAUGGGUGAUGUCACGAUGGCUAUUUUCACUUCCUCUAUAUGAAUUAUGACAGUCUGUUUUUUUGGUUGUCUCUGUGUGUGUAUGAAUGGGGGGGUUUGACAAUAUAUACAACAUAUGAUAUUAUAAAUCUAAUGCUGUGUGGAGACAGUUUCAGUAUAUUGGGACAAUCGUGCUCUGUCCAUGUCGGUUUCAUCAUGAUGUCUGACACAUGGCAAAAGUAAGACAUGUUUAGGCAGACGUCAUCAUCACAUAUAAACUGUUUUAUUAAAUAAUUCGAUGUCAGUCAACAUUAAAAAGACAGUUGUCCAAAGAGAAUGGGCCAACAAAUGAAAUUAUGAUCAAAUACUGCAAAUAAAGUAGUUUUUCUGUUGUCCAAAGGUUGAUUCUGUUCAUCGGGACGUUUUCAGUGGGAGAAACAUUUCGUCACUCAUCCAGGUGACUUCUUCAGUCAUAAAUGGCCAUAAACAAUACUGUGCAAAGGGUUUGAGAAUUGUUUUUAUUUGAUCUUGCAGUAGCAUCAGAGAGGAACCUGAUCACCCGCCGACACACUCGCUCUUCGGCAAAACAACAAGCUCUAACAUUUACUUAUAAACAACUGCUUUAGCUACAAGAAAAUAGAUAGUGAGGUCCUUAUAGGUCGCUGAUCUCAAUAUGAUAAAACCAAUAUAAGAGUCCAUGAAAAGAAAGAGACGCUGAUAAAAGUUCUUGAAGCCACUGAACAGCUUGACGUCCAGGUAACUUGACUGUGAGUGUACUUUUCUUCCACUGUGCUAUGACUGAUGUUAACUGAGAAAGAAUCGUCACAUUACUUUUAGUACAUUAAACAUUUGCACAGUAAUCUAUGUAAUCCUGUUUCUGACCACUGACGUUUUUAUUUCAAACUGGUAUUUUUGUUGAGUGUCAAGUUUGAUUUUGUAAAGCUGAUUUUCUACACAGCCUUUUUGUACACGGCUGAACAUGUGAGGGGAUGUGGGCUCGGUCAGUUCAUCAAAUAAAGCCCAGUAAAAACUGAUGCUUAGUGAGAAAGGUGGGCAGCACGCGUAGCUUCUUGUAUUUUUUCAUUCAUUGGACUGUUUCUUGAUUGCAUCUUCAGUAUUGCACAGUCUGUCAGUCUUGCUCCAUGCAUUGCAAUAGAAAACAAAAAAUGUGUGGCUUCCUAUUGUACGCUGCAGGUAAAGAAGCAGCUUCUUGUUUGGUCAAAGUGAUAUAAGCAGCGUCUGCAGAGACACACGAGGGCACGGACUGACAAUGUUAACUUUGACUACCUCCACCAAUUAAAGGACACACCAGAAUCAACAUCAGCAUCAACCGACCACCUUACAGUGUCUGAGCUAGUUAAGGAAGACAGAAGGGCUGGAGCAGAUGAAACACUUCAAAUUUCAUUAUGAGAUAAUGUGUCUGCUGAGUAAAGGGUAAAUGUUUAAGUAUUGCAAUUAAUGUCAAAUCAUAACAAAAUAAAAUUCAUU